UGGUGAAACCAAUAUUGAAUCCAAAAUGUCCUCUUGAUCCAGUCUUCCUUAGAUUCACCAGAGAAUGAAGUAGCAAGAUGAUGUUCACAUAGACUGGGACAUUUUCUUGGAGAAGAAAAAGUUUUUAUGCUAAUGCCCCUGAAGGAUUCUGAGAGGCAAAAAAUAUUAUGAGUACACUUCAAUAAUGCAAUCAUUUGGCCAGUGUAUGGAGACAUAAAACAGAAAACAAUGGCCUCACUAUUAAGUUGUGAUGAAAUUACAAAGAGCCUCUUGACAACAGACAAGCAUGGCUACAAUGCUCUACACCAUGCAGUUAUUGCAAAUAAUCUUGCAGUUGUGAGGCAACUUCUACCAUAUUCAGAUAAAAGGUGCAUCAACAUGGAGAGCCAUGAUCGAUCUACUGCACUCCUGCUACUAUGUAGGAGUUUCACCUCUUCAGAGUUUCGGGCAGGGAGAAGUGGACCCUGUAUUAAGGAAGAAAUUUUAGUGAGCCUUCUUGAUUAUGGUGCAGAUCCUAACCUGCCUCAACCAGAUCCUGUUUCCCUACCUUUAUUUUGUGCUUUGGAGAGGCAUUGGUGGCGGGGCGCUGAGCUGCUGCUGGAUGCGGGAGCAAACGCCAAGGCUACGGAUUUGGAGCACAAGCUGCGACCAGCCACAUUCUAUGCUAGGGGCAAUAUUGAAAUACUCAUAAAACUUCUGAGAAAGGGCUGCCCUUUGUUAGAUGGAGAUAUCUUGGACCUGAUUAAAUCCUAUACCAAAACCCAAUGGAAGAAACUGGUGUUGGCAGCCCAUGACUUUGGACCACAGUUUGUCACGGAACGUCUGCUGUGGGAGACAUCUGUGACACUACAGGACCAUAGCAGCGCAAUUUACCUGCUGGAUAACUUCAUCAUAUUGGAUUUUGACCUACACGAAUUCUUCUCGACCCACAUCUUUUGGUCGCAGUAUACAUACCCUAACUGGGAGCGUACGAUGAGAUACAUUACUGCCCUGAUAAACUACGUAUUUAGGAACGUAGAGAACAAGAGUGACCAGUUGCUUCGCCUUAUACUGCAUUGCUUCAAAUCCUGUCCGUGGCUAUUUCGUGACAAUCCGUGCAGUUUGGACGGAUCCCCAAUGAUGAAAAGUUUACUAAAGAUACAGUUUAAAUCGAUGAAACAUAUCCUCGCAAUAGCGGAGCAUAAAGGUGUCCCUAUUGAAACGUGGAGUUUGGACGACCAUGACCUCAGAAGGUUUGCGUUUUCUUUGGAUCUUGCGUCCUCGGAGAGCGGCCUCAACGCGCUCAAUAGCUUGCUAUACAAGACUGACUUGUGUAGCGUUCCGUACCUUGUGAAGAUACUUCCAAUUUUCAAACAGAAAGGUUUUGAGUUCACAGCUUUAUCUGUGGCAGCAUUUGUGACAAACACUAACAUUUGCGAGCGUCUCGAGGAAAACUUACCCCAUGCCUCUUGGAUGAAAACUAUCGUGCACGGAUCGGAGUCUGGAUAUCGAAUUUUGCUUGCAGAACUAACUAAAAACUGCUGCCGGAACGGCCCGUGUUGGUUCAGGUCGCCUAUGCUAACGAGCCUAUGUAGAGACUUGAUGCGCCAAGGAUCUCUUAUUCCAGUGCUCCUGCUGUUGCACUUGGGCGUGCACGACUUCAUGCAGUACGAGAAUGUGGAAGUGUCUUACAUCUCUUAUUGCCAACCCCCACCUUUCCUCUUGUCAAUUUUCCAUCGAUACUCCCCUCGUCGUCGGAUGCUGUUGACGGACUUUGCAGUUUUGUCACCGUCAGCGCCGCUGCGGUCGCUGAAGGAGUUAUGUCGCCUCUCCAUUCGCGCGUCCCUCGGCCACUGUAGAAUAGAAGAAAAAACGGAAAGACUACGAGAACAUUUGCCCGAUUAUCUCCGAGGAUACUUGUACUUCAGACACGACUUUCAUGUCGAUGCUGCGCUUGCGGUACUUUCUUAUUUUACAGGUGAUCAGGAGCUUGCCAAAUUUCUUCAGCAAGAAAUUGCAGAUGAAAAGAAAUCUGUUGUACCUGGGCUGCCAUCAAAGUUUGGUGACUUUACUGUCAAGACUAAUGAUGCUCAAAUGAUUCUCUACAGGAAGUUUAAUGAUGAGACCAUCACAAUUACACUGGACGUGAACCACAGUGUUGACACUGACUCAGAAGCUCAGGUCACAGAAGACAGUGGAGAGGCUGAGUUGAGAAGCAGGCCUUCGUUUGAAGUGGAUGUUGCUGUCGCUUCUCGUGUGCUCUCUUUCACUUGUUCAUUCAUGGAUGCUGGUGAAGUUGCUGAAACUGAUGAACAGAAUGCCAUACCAGAAGUGUUUGGCAUCAGUGAAGUGACGAUCUACGAUGGUGAAUGGACUGACGAAACUUAUUGUGUGUCGGGCGACAUUCUAGACCCUCAACUGUAUGACCACCUCAUGAACUACCUGGAGGAGCGCGGUGUGUCCGAGGAAUUUGUUGACAAGCUCAGCGGGCUCUGCAGUGAUUAUGAACACUCGCUCUAUGUCGGACUCCUCGAGAAACUACAGUCAUUCGUGCUCAAGAAAUAACUCCAUUUAACUCUGGGAUCUAUUGAGUAUUUGUGUUCAAGUGGCUAAAAAUUCGCAUUUUCUUUCUAAUUAAUCUGUAAAUUAGUCGUGUUAGAUUUACUGUAGGAAUUCUGCUAAGUUGAAGCCGUGUAAGAACUUGCGCCCAAUUUCCAGCUAUGCUCAAUGGCUAUGGUUUGUCCACAAGUUCAAUACAGCGUUAGCAUCAACUAGUCGCCAAUUUUGAAUUUAUAUAUUUCAUCGACUCAUUUGAUUGCGUCGUUGGAACAAUUUUGUAAAAAAAAAUUUGAGAAAUGUUAACAUGUAAAGUGUUAGAUGUUC